UCUCAAAUUAUAAAUCUCAAUUCAUCUUUCCCAUGGCUUCUGCUUUUUCCAUUCCUUUAGUUUUCUUGUGUUCAUUUCUCUUUAUUGUGUCUUCUUGCAUAGCCAAAACAACACCUCGUCCUAUCCUUCAAGUAACAAAAGAUGCCAAAACACUUCAAUAUGUCACCCAAGUCUAUCAGAGAACACCUCUAGUCCCCAUCAAAUUAAGUCUUGAUCUUGGUGGCGAAUUCAUGUGGGUUAAUUGCGAGCGUGGAUACGCCUCCUCGAGCUAUAAAAACCCCACUUGUGGCUCCCCUCCAUGCCAACUUCUCAACACCACUUCAUGCAUCACCGGAUGUCUUGGUUCGCCAUCUGUCGAUUGUGCCAAUAACACUUGUGGUAGCACUGCUAGCAACCCAUUUGGUAGCAUUAGCACUGGAGGUCCCAUUGUGGGGGAUGUAUUUGCUAUUCAAUCGACUAAUGGGAAAAGUAUUUUGCCAUUGAUCAAGCUCCCUAGCUUUUAUUUCGUAUGCGGUAGCAAUGUGCUUGAUGUCGGUCUAGCUAAUGGGGUUACUGGCUUGGCUGGGCUAGGAAGGACUGGCAUGUCACUUCCGGCUCAAUUAUCUUCUUAUUUGAAAUACGAUAGGAAGUUUGCUUUAUGUUUGAGCUCAUCUAAUGGUGCUGUAUUCUUUGGAGAUGGACCAUAUAUGUUAGGUCCAAAUGUUGAUGCGUCAACCUCUCUUCAAUACACUCCUCUAAUUGUUAACACAAUUACUGGUGGUGGUUUCUUUGGUGAUGCCUCUCCUGAGUACUUCAUUGGAGUGAAAUCAAUCAAAAUAAACGAAAAACGAGUAACAGGGUUCAAUGAAUCUUUGUUCUCCUUCAAUGCGGAAGGUGAGGGUGGCACAAUAAUCAGCACGACUAGACCUUACACUGUCUUGGAGACGACAAUCUAUAGGGCUGUCAUUUCAGCAUUUGUGAAGGCAAUGCCCAAGAAUGUGGAAAGAGUUGCUAAUGUUGCACCUUUUGGAGCAUGUUUUAGUUCCAAGAAUAUCAUUAGCACCCGCCUCGGUCCGGCCGUGCCUUCCAUCGAGCUUGUUUUGGAGAGCAAGAAUGUGUGGAGGAUAUAUGGUGCAAACUCCAUGGUUCAGGUGAAUAAGGAUGUUUUGUGCCUUGGAUUUGUUGAAGCACGUACAGAUUUUUCACCAACUAUUAAGGUUGUUAUUGGGGGGUAUCAAAUUGAGAACAAUCUACUACAAUUUGACCUUGUUAAAUCAAGGCUAGGAUUCAGCUCUUCACUUCUUGGUCGAUCAACCACUUGCGCCAAUUUUAACUUCAAAUGAGCCUAGUAGACUUCAAAAAGUUAUUCCUUCUUUGUGUAAUAAAUAAAUAAAUGGUCUUAAUUGCCAUUUACCCAGUUUGACUACGAGUGUAGUCAUGUGUAUUUUUUAUUUGUAAUAAUGUCAUUAAUUAAUGUUAAAAAAAUAAAUAAUAUAAUGAAUGUUGUCUUUUC